CUUGCAUUAAAAAUAUACGCAAAAUCCGGUAUUAUUAUAAGAUACAUCGACAGUAAACAAUUUUGUUAAAAAUUACUAAUGAAUGAGGAGCCACCGCUGGCCUAACCUGAUUUUGGGUAAAUUUGAAUUUUUCCAUUUCUUGAGCUUAAAAUUUCGUUUUGAAAGAAAUAGUCGUGAUAAAGUGAAAAUAAGUUGCGUAAAAGCGCGAAGAGAUAAAAACGUAUUAAUAAUAAACUACUAUUUUGAUAAAUUUGUGGUAAACAAAGCUACUGCGCAUGCUUAGAAAUAUAUUCAUAGUGCAUUUUACAAACACAAAGAAAUAUAUUUUGUGAUAAAAACAGGACGACUUCUUGGGAUUUCAAUAGUUACGAAAGAAAACUGUGAGGGAAAGAAAAAAGUUCAGAACGUAAAAAAGUAAUAAACGAGUAAAUUUUGCAUUAUUAUUCGUUCGUUAUUGCUCAACCCGCUCAACCCUACAUUAAAGUGUCAAAAAAUAUAGUGAAAAAAGGUGAAUUAUUUUAAAUUUGUUUUACUUUGAAAACAACGCCAUAUAUCAUAUCCAUACAUUUUUGUGGAAUAAAAUGCCACCCAGUCGUUUGGAUGGUCUCUAUCGGAGUCUUUUGCUGACUAAAUUCUUUUGCAAAGGUUGGGGAAAACCUGAAAAUCUCCAAAGAUUAUUUGAGUUCCGCAAAAUUAUUUCAAAUCGCGAACGUUGCAGAUAUCUUGUGCCAUCGAACUAUCCCGUGGAGAUAACAAAAGACGAGAAAACAUCAGAAUGUCGUGUUUUAGAAGGAAAAUUUGUAACACCAUUUUCACUCUACUUACCUGGCCUAGUUCCAGAAGCUUCCCAAGAAGCCCAUUUUCAAGUUAUUCUACCCCAUAAGUGGAAUGACGAUAAGUUUAAACCAAUGUGCAUACAUCUCGCUGGUACUGGAGAUCAUUAUUACUGGAAAAGAAGGACUCUGUCAGCAAAGCCGUUACUAAAAGAGGGAAACAUUGGUACCAUUAUUCUAGAGAACCCGUUCUAUGGUGUCAGAAAACCCAAAGAUCAAAAACGUUCCAGUUUGCAUAAUGUGUCCGAUAUAUUUGUAAUGGGAGGAUGUUUAGUACUAGAAUGCUUGGUUUUAUUACAUUGGUGCGAAAGGAAUGGAUAUGGGCCACUUGGAAUUACAGGUCUUUCUAUGGGUGGACAUAUGGCGUCUGUGGCAGCAACAAACUGGCAUAAACCAUUGGUUCUAGUCCCGUGUCUAUCAUGGUCAACAGCAUCGUCAGUAUUCACCCAAGGAGUCAUGACACAGUCAAUAAAUUGGGAUAUCCUAGAGACACAGUAUUUUGCAGAUGGAAAUUACCGUGAACGUCUAGCUAAAAUGGUCACAAUUGUCGAUGAUGCGUUCUUGGCAGGACAACGUUUUGUAAAGCAUUUUAAUGAAUCUAUGAAGGAGCUACAAAAAGAUAUUAAGGAAUCCCGGGAGUAUCAAACAAAAGAUAUUUUUGGAGUUGAUCGUUCCAAUAACACACUCAAUUUGUCCCCUGCCUUGCUUGAGAAACUUUUAUCACGAGAUAAAGGACGCUUAACAACUCAAGAAGUAAAUGAACUGAACGAAAAGAUUAGGGAGGCACAACAGAGAUAUAGACUGAAACCAAUUUCAGUAUCUGAAGACAUCAAAAUUGUGAAAAUUCGUGAACUGCCUAAAGGGAAUUCUGUGGAGGAUGCUUUGAAAGUUCUAGCCAUUUCUAAUGGAUUGCUUGUAUAUGAACCACCAACAACGGGCAACGUAAUAACUACAGCUCUCUAUGAUGGUACAACAAAACUUAUGAGCUAUAUAAUGCCAAAUAGUGAUGUAUCUACGGCACAUGAUGACAACAAUGGCAAUGAAGUUGAAUUAUCUGGAAAAAAAGCUUGGUGGGAGAAUGAGGCACUACAAUUUAUGCGCGGUGUGAUGGAUGAAUGCACGCAUUUAAAGAAUUUCUCUAUGCCAUAUGACACAUCUCUAAUCAUAGCUGUUUGUGCCAAAGACGAUGCUUAUGUCCCACGUGAGGAUUGUACAUCACUUGAAGAAAUUUGGCCUGGAGCUGAAGUGAGAUAUUUGGACGCUGGUCACGUCAGUGCAUAUGUAUUGCAUCAGAAGUUGUUUAGAUCGUGCAUUAUUGAAGCUUUUGAACGCGCAAAGAAAUUACAUCUUCCUUCUAUUAAUUCCCCAAACAAAUUAUCUUCAGAAGAGUGCAAUAAUCAAUAAAUGUUGUACAUAGUUCCACACAAAUUUAUUUUAUUAAAUUCCUUUUGAUGCCUUACAAUAAGAGAUAAACAUGCCUGUUUAACAAUCUUCUUCAAUAAAGAUUUAAUGAAGCUUUUCAAUUCAUUUUUAGGAAAUCAAGUUUAAUUGUGAUACUGUUUAUAAAAUAUGUGAUUGAAAAUAAAAAUAUUUCUUUCUCACUUUAA